AGCUGGGUGGACUGCGGGGCCAAGUGGGGGAGCAGCGAGGACAGAAAAGCCAUCGGGCGCUCUUGGCGCCCGGGCCGUAUCCGCGAGUCAGUGCUCUGGCACAGCCAGCCUCGAAAGCCGGCCGGUGCGUCUCUGCGGAAUUCCCGGCGCCCCGCCGCGCCCGGCGCUCCCGCCCUCCUGCCCCGCGCUCCCCGCCCUCAUAUCGCGAGACGCGGUGAGAGCUGGCGGAGCGGCGGCCGCGGCAGUAGAGGUGACCGAGGCGGUGGCGGCGCGGGCGGCCCAGAGCGCCGAGUGGGCCCCUGAGCGGCCGGAGUCGCGGUAGAGCGCCCCUCACGCCCCCUGUCCACCCUCCCGCCCGCGCGCCGGGAUGGAGCAGGCCCCGGCGCCCGCGCCCGCGGCGGAAGGGAGCCCCCCGGCGGCUGUGAGCGCGGGCCCCCCCGCGGGGGCGACGGAGGUCGGCGGCGGGGCUCGAGCGGCCUCGUCCCCGCGUGGGAUGGUCCGCGUCUGCGACCUGCUCUUGAAGAAGAAGCCGCCGCAGCAGCCGCACCACAAGGCCAAGCGCCACCGGACCUGCCGUCCCCCCAGCAGCAGCGAGAGCAGCAGCGACAGCGACCACAGCGGCGGCGGCGGCGGCGGCGCUUCAAGCAGCAACAACAGCGAGGAGGAAGAGGAGGACGACGACGACGACGAGGAGGAGGUGUCCGAGGUGGAAUCUUUCAUUUUGGACCAGGAUGAAUUGGAAAAUCCAAUGCUGGAGACAGCUUCCAAGUUGCUCUUGUCGGGUACUGCUGAUGGUGCAGACCUCAGAACAGUAGAUCCAGAGACACAGGCCAGACUGGAGGCUUUGCUGGAAGCAGCAGGAAUAGGCAAGUUAUCCACGGCUGACGGGAAAGCCUUUGCAGACCCCGAGGUACUACGGAGGUUAACGUCAUCUGUUAGCUGUGCGUUGGAUGAAGCUGCUGCUGCACUUACUCGGAUGAGAGCUGAGAGCACAGCAAGUGCAGGGCAGUCGGACAACCGCAGUUUGGCAGAAGCCUGUUCAGAAGGAGAUGUGAAUGCUGUGCGGAAGUUGCUCAUUGAAGGGCGAAGUGUGAAUGAGCACACUGAGGAGGGAGAGAGCCUACUUUGUUUAGCUUGUUCUGCUGGAUACUAUGAGCUUGCCCAGGUCUUGUUGGCAAUGCAUGCAAAUGUGGAAGAUAGGGGAAUCAAAGGUGACAUUACACCUUUAAUGGCUGCUGCUAAUGGAGGACACGUCAAAAUUGUGAAGUUGCUGCUAGCUCAUAAAGCUGAUGUCAAUGCACAGUCUUCAACAGGCAACACAGCACUUACCUAUGCUUGUGCUGGAGGCUAUGUAGAUGUGGUAAAGGUGCUCUUGGAAUCCGGUGCUAGUAUUGAGGACCAUAAUGAAAAUGGUCACACGCCUCUCAUGGAAGCUGGAAGUGCUGGACAUGUGGAAGUAGCCAGAUUGCUGCUAGAAAAUGGGGCUGGCAUUAACACGCAUUCCAAUGAAUUUAAAGAGAGUGCCCUGACAUUAGCUUGUUACAAAGGACACCUAGAAAUGGUGCGGUUUCUUUUGGAAGCAGGAGCAGAUCAAGAGCAUAAAACAGAUGAAAUGCACACUGCCCUAAUGGAAGCUUGCAUGGAUGGCCAUGUUGAAGUAGCUAGAUUACUUCUUGACAGUGGUGCCCAAGUGAACAUGCCUGCAGAUUCAUUUGAGUCACCGUUGACUUUGGCUGCAUGUGGUGGGCAUGUGGAACUUGCUGCUUUACUUAUUGAAAGAGGAGCUAGUUUGGAAGAGGUCAACGAUGAAGGUUAUACACCUUUAAUGGAAGCAGCGCGUGAAGGACAUGAAGAAAUGGUGGCAUUACUUCUAGGCCAAGGAGCAAAUAUCAAUGCACAGACAGAAGAAACUCAAGAAACUGCUUUGACUCUGGCUUGCUGUGGAGGCUUCUUAGAAGUGGCAGACUUUCUCAUCAAGGCAGGGGCUGAUAUAGAACUAGGGUGCUCAACCCCUUUAAUGGAGGCUGCUCAAGAGGGCCAUUUGGAAUUAGUUAAAUACCUACUAGCUGCAGGAGCUAAUGUUCACGCAACAACAGCAACAGGAGAUACAGCACUGACAUAUGCCUGUGAAAAUGGUCAUACUGAUGUAGCAGAUGUCUUACUUCAGGCAGGAGCAGAUCUGGAGCAUGAAUCUGAAGGUGGAAGGACUCCAUUAAUGAAAGCUGCAAGAGCUGGUCAUGUUUGUACUGUUCAGUUCUUAAUUAGUAAAGGAGCGAACGUGAAUAGAACUACAGCUAAUAACGACCAUACUGUGUUGUCCCUGGCUUGUGCAGGGGGCCAUCUGGCAGUGGUGGAACUACUUUUGGCUCAUGGGGCUGACCCUACCCACCGUUUAAAAGAUGGCUCAACUAUGUUGAUAGAAGCAGCAAAAGGUGGCCAUACAAGUGUUGUUUGCUAUCUUUUGGACUAUCCUAAUAACUUACUUUCAGCCCCUCCACCAGAUGUCACUCAGCUGACACCCCCUUCCCACGAUUUAAAUAGGGCACCUCGUGUACCAGUUCAAGCACUGCCCAUGGUUGUCCCACCUCAGGAGCCUGACAAACCACCUGCCAAUAUUGCCACUACUCUUCCCAUCAGGAAUAAAGCUGCUUCUAAACAAAAGUCCAGCAGCCAUUUGCCUGCAAACAGCCAGGAUGUACAGGGUUACAUCACCAAUCAGUCUCCAGAGAGCAUUGUAGAAGAGGCUCAGGGAAAGUUAACAGAACUGGAACAGAGGAUUAAAGAAGCCAUAGAAAAGAAUGCACAACUACAGUCCUUGGAACUCGCUCAUGCUGACCAACUUACCAAGGAGAAGAUUGAGGAGUUGAACAAAACAAGGGAGGAGCAGAUUCAGAAGAAACAAAAGAUUUUGGAGGAACUACAGAAAGUAGAACGAGAGUUACAACUGAAAACACAGCAGCAGCUUAAAAAGCAGUAUCUAGAGGUUAAAGCUCAAAGAAUUCAACUGCAGCAGCAGCAACAACAAUCUUGCCAACACCUGGGACUAUUAACUCCUGUUGGGGUUGGAGAACAUCUUUCCGAGGGAGACUAUGCACGCUUACAGCAAGUGGAUCCUGUUUUGCUUAAAGAUGAACCCCAGCAGACUGCUGCUCAGAUUGGUUUUGCACCAAUCCAGCCUCUGGCCAUGCCUCAAGCUUUGCCUCUGGCGGCAGGUCCCUUGCCUCCAGGGUCCAUCGCAAAUCUUACAGAACUGCAAGGAGUGAUAGUUGGACAGCCAGUACUGGGCCAAGCACAGUUGGCAGGGCUGGGGCAAGGAAUUCUGACAGAAACACAACAAGGGUUAAUGGUAGCCAGCCCUGCUCAGACCCUCAAUGACACGCUGGAUGACAUCAUGGCAGCAGUCAGUGGAAGAGCAUCUGCAAUGUCAAACACUCCUACCCACAGUAUUGCUGCUUCCAUUUCCCAACCUCAGACUCCAACUCCAAGUCCUGUCAUCUCUCCUUCCGCCAUGCUCCCCAUCUACCCUGCCAUUGAUAUUGAUGCACAGACUGAGAGUAAUCACGACACAGCAUUAACACUUGCUUGUGCUGGGGGUCAUGAGGAGCUGGUACAAACACUGCUGGAGAGAGGAGCUAGCAUUGAGCACCGAGAUAAGAAAGGUUUUACUCCACUCAUUUUGGCUGCUACAGCCGGUCAUGUUGGGGUUGUAGAGAUACUGCUGGACAAUGGUGCAGACAUUGAAGCCCAAUCAGAAAGAACCAAGGACACGCCACUCUCCUUGGCUUGUUCUGGGGGCAGGCAAGAGGUGGUGGAGCUGUUGUUAGCACGAGGGGCAAAUAAAGAGCACAGGAAUGUUUCUGAUUAUACACCUCUGAGCCUGGCUGCUUCAGGUGGCUAUGUGAACAUCAUCAAAAUACUACUAAAUGCAGGAGCUGAGAUUAAUUCUAGAACUGGUAGCAAAUUGGGGAUUUCUCCCCUCAUGUUGGCAGCAAUGAAUGGGCACACAGCUGCUGUUAAGCUCCUGUUGGACAUGGGCUCUGACAUAAAUGCUCAAAUAGAAACCAACCGGAACACUGCCCUUACCUUAGCCUGCUUCCAAGGAAGAACUGAAGUAGUUAGUCUUCUGCUUGAUAGAAAAGCGAAUGUUGAACACAGAGCUAAGACUGGCCUCACACCACUAAUGGAAGCUGCCUCUGGUGGAUACGCAGAGGUGGGCAGAGUUCUUUUGGAUAAAGGUGCUGAUGUUAAUGCCCCUCCAGUUCCUUCCUCAAGAGAUACAGCUUUAACCAUAGCAGCAGAUAAAGGGCAUUACAAGUUCUGUGAGCUUCUCAUUGGCAGGGGAGCUCAUAUUGAUGUACGUAACAAGAAGGGGAACACUCCAUUGUGGCUAGCUGCAAAUGGUGGACACCUUGAUGUGGUUCAGUUACUGGUACAAGCAGGUGCUGAUGUAGAUGCAGCAGAUAACCGCAAAAUAACUCCACUUAUGGCAGCAUUUAGAAAGGGUCAUGUGAAGGUGGUACGCUACUUGGUGAAAGAAGUCAAUCAGUUUCCCUCCGAUUCUGAGUGUAUGCGAUACAUAGCGACCAUCACAGAUAAGGAGAUGCUGAAAAAGUGUCAUCUUUGUAUGGAGUCAAUAGUACAAGCCAAAGACAGACAGGCUGCUGAAGCCAACAAGAAUGCCAGCAUUUUGUUAGAGGAGUUAGACCUGGAAAAGUUAAGGGAAGAAAGCCGGAGGCUGGCAUUGGCUGCCAAAAGAGAAAAGAGAAAAGAAAAGAGAAGAAAGAAAAAGGAAGAACAAAGAAGAAAAUUAGAAGAAAUUGAAGCUAAAAAUAAAGAGAACUUUGAACUCCAAGCUGCUCAAGAAAAAGAAAAGCUUAAAGCUGAAGAAGAGCCCGAAGUCUUGACAGAGCCUCCAAGUGCCACAACCACUACAACCAUAGGUAUAUCUGCAACCUGGACCACCCUGGCAGGCUCCCAUGGUAAAAGAAAUAAUACCAUAACUACAACCAGUUCAAAGAGGAAAAACAGGAAAAAUAAAAUUACCACAGAAAACGUUCAAAUUAUAUUUGAUGAUCCACUACCAAUUUCAUAUAGUCAGCCAGAGAAGGUGAACGGAGAGUCCAAGAGCAGCAGCACUAGUGAGAGCGGUGACAGUGACAACAUGAGGAUCUCCAGUUGCAGCGAUGAAAGCAGUAACAGCAACAGUAGUCUGAAGAGUGACAAUCACUCACCAGCCAUGGCCACCACCCCUGCAGCCAGCAAGAAGCAGCCAUCUGUGCUGGUCACAUUUCCCAAGGAGGAGAGGAAGUCUGUUUCUGGCAAGGCUUCAAUAAAAUUGUCAGAGACUAUCAGUGAAGGGACCAGCAGUUCUCUGUCUACUUGCACAAAAUCUGGCCCAUCUCCCCUUUCCUCUCCAAAUGGAAAAUUAACAGUGGCAAGUCCCAAACGUGGGCAAAAGAGAGAAGAAGGAUGGAAAGAAGUUGUAAGAAGAUCAAAGAAAGUAUCUGUUCCAUCAACUGUGAUAUCCAGAGUGAUUGGAAGAGGAGGCUGUAAUAUCAAUGCUAUUCGGGAGUUCACUGGUGCACAUAUAGAUAUCGAUAAGCAGAAGGACAAAACGGGAGACCGGAUAAUAACGAUAAGGGGUGGCACCGAAUCAACAAGACAAGCAACUCAGUUGAUCAAUGCCCUGAUCAAGGAUCCAGACAAAGAAAUUGAUGAACUUAUUCCAAAGAAUCGUUUGAAAAGCUCCUCAGCAAAUUCCAAAAUAGGGUCAUCAGCACCUGUUACCACUGCUGCUAACAGUUCCUUAAUGGGAAUUAAAAUGACAACGGUAGCUCUGUCAUCAACAUCUCAAACUGCCACAGCACUCACUGUGCCUGCAAUUUCUUCUGCAUCUACUCACAAAACCAUUAAGAACCCAGUGAAUAAUGUGAGGCCUGGUUUUCCAGUUUCUCUUCCAUUAGCAUAUCCUCCUCCCCAAUUUGCACAUGCUUUGCUUGCUGCUCAGACUUUCCAGCAGAUCCGUCCACCAAGGUUGCCCAUGACCCAUUUUGGAGGUACUUUUCCACCAGCUCAGUCCACUUGGGGUCCUUUUCCUGUCAGGCCUUUGAGCCCUGCCAGAGCUACAAACUCACCUAAGCCUCACAUGGUGCCUCGCCAUAGCAAUCAGAACAGCAGUGGUUCUCAGGUGAAUUCAGCAGGUUCUUUAACUUCAAGUCCAACAACUACAACCAGUUCAUCAGCUUCAACGGUGCCUGGUACAUCUACAAAUGGCAGUCCAAGUUCACCUUCCGUCAGAAGGCAGCUUUUUGUUACAGUUGUGAAGACAUCUAAUGCCACCACAACAACAGUCACUACCACAGCAAGCAACAAUAGCACUGCACCCACAAAUGCCACAUACCCCAUGCCUACUGCCAAAGAACACUACCCAGUAUCAUCCCCAUCUUCCCCAUCACCACCAGCCCAGCCCGGAGGGGUUUCUAGAAGUAGCCCUUUGGAGUGUGGAUCAGUGUCUCCAAAUAAAGGAGCUUCUUCCUCUGAACAGGAAGCAGGUAGUCCACCAGUAGUAGAAACGGCAAACAGUCGACCUCCAAAUAGCAGCAGUUCUUCUGGGAGUUCCUCAGCUCAUUCUACUCAGCAGCAGCCUCCAGGACCUGUUUCUCAGGAGCCAAGACCACCUCUUCAGCAGUCUCAGGUUCCUCCCCUGGAAGUUAGAAUGACUGUCCCUCCUUUAGCAACAAGUUCUGCUCCAGUGGCAGUGCCUUCUACUGCCCCAGUGACUUAUCCUAUGCCUCAGACGCCAAUGGGAUGCUCUCAGCCUCCUAAAAUGGAAACCCCUGCGAUUAGACCACCCUCUCAUGGCACAGCUGCCCCUCUCAAGAAUCCAACUCCAGUGCAGAAUUCAUCUGUUGCAGUCCUCAGUGUCAAUCACAUUAAAAGACCUCACAGUGUUCCCUCUUCUGUCCAACUACCUUCAACCUUAAGUACACAAAGUGCUUGUCAGAAUUCAGUACAUCCAGCAAAUAAGCCUAUUGCUCCCAAUUUUAGUGCCCCUUUGCCAUUUGGGCCCUUUAGCACAUUGUUUGAAAACAACCCUACUUCUGCUCAUGCCUUUUGGGGAGGAUCUGUUGUUUCAUCUCAGUCAGCUCCAGAAUCUAUGCUAUCAGGAAAAUCCUCGUAUUUGCCAAAUUCAGAUCCUUUACAUCAGUCUGAUACUUCCAAAGCUCCAGGUUUUAGACCACCAUUACAGAGACCCAUUCCAAGUCCCUCAGGUAUUGUCAAUAUGGACUCGCCAUACGGUUCUGUAACACCUUCUUCUACACAUUUGGGAAACUUUGCCUCAAACCUUUCAGGAGGUCAGAUGUAUGGACCUGUGGCACCCCUUGGAGGAGCACCUGCAGCUGCUAACUUUAACAGACAACAUUUUUCUCCACUCAGUUUGUUGACUCCGUGUUCAUCAGCAUCCAGUGAUUCUCCUGCACAGUCAGUGUCCUCUGGGGUUCGUGCCCCAUCUCCUGCCCCACCAUCAGUACCUUUAGGGUCGGAGAAGCCCAGCAACAUCUCUCAGGACAGGAAAGUUCCAGUUCCAAUUGGGACUGAACGUUCUGCACGGAUCAGGCAAACGGGAACUUCAGCCCCGUCCGUGAUUGGGAGCAAUUUAUCCACAUCCGUAGGGCACAGUGGCAUCUGGUCCUUCGAAGGGAUCAGUGGCAGUCAAGACAAAGUAGACUGGUGUAACCCUGGGAUGGGAAACCCUAUGAUUCACAGGCCGAUGUCUGAUCCAGGAGUGUUUUCACAGCAUCAAGCCAUGGAGAGAGAUAGUACAGGAAUUGUAACUCCUUCUGGUACAUUCCAUCAGCAUGUUCCUGCAGGAUAUAUGGACUUUCCUAAAGUUGGGGGUAUGCCCUUUUCUGUGUAUGGGAGUGCAAUGAUCCCUCCAGUAGCACCUAUUCCUGAUGGUCCUGGAGGACCCAUCUUCAAUGGCCCUCAUGCUGCAGCAGACCCUUCUUGGAACUCACUGAUAAAGAUGGUUUCAAGCUCCACAGAAAAUAAUGGUCCUCAAACGGUGUGGACUGGACCCUGGGCACCUCACAUGAACAGUGUGCAUAUGAACCAGCUGGGCUGAGGCAGACGAGCUUGUUAGCCUGCAGAUUCCUUUUCAUUCACAGGAAAUCACAAGUGGCCAGAAAAACAAUUAUGCUCCCAAAUCAUUCUACUGAUGUGCUUGACUGAAGUGUGUAGGCUUUUUGCAGAAGAACUUACUAACUGACCUAUUUUCUGUGAACAUUUGUGACUGCCCACUCCCCAUCAUCGGUCAUUUUACCUUAGUUAGCUUUUUUUUCUUAUCAUUUUUCUUUUUUCUUUCCUUCUUCCCCUUCGGACAUAACUUUCUGUUGAAGCUGUUCUUUGGCUGGUUGGUUUUAGUACUGUAAACUGCUUCUGAGCAAACACGGAAAUUUAGCAAAAUUAUGUAAACUUGAUCCUGAGGUUUUAGAAUGACAAAUAAAUGUACAAUUGUUUACAUAACAGAAAAGGCUAAGCAGAAAGUAAAUUUCAAUAUGUCAGUAUAGAGGCUCUACUUUAUGUAGACUUAAAUUAAUGUGAGAUAUGUACCUUCAUAUUCAGAAAUCUGGAUGUUUCCUUCAUACAUUAAACUAUUAAUAAGCAUCACUUUUCUACUUGUGUAAUUUAAGCAUAAAGUGUGAUGGGCAUUAUUAGUGCUUGUUUCCUUACAUUGAUUUAAAACACCCAGCUUACUCUCACUUAGGUCUUUUUGUAGCAAGAUGCAUACAGAAAACAUUUCUUACUUUUCCCUAUCUUUCUAUUACCUUUUUUCACCCAACACACUCUUUCUCUCUUUACUUUCUUCUGUCCUUCCUUUGGCUCUGUAAUACUGGUAUAAAAUUCCCUAGAUGAAAAGGCUGUAAGGAUGUUCACAUGUAAUGGUUGCUCCAGAAAGAUAGAAUAUCUUCAUCACCAGUAGUUUCUUCAAAACAUAAAAUGUUUAGACAUUUUUAGACUAUAGAAGGCCACCGCUAUUCUCAGUCAACAUAUACAAGCUCUUAAUAUACUGUUCAUUAUUACAAACAAUUGAGUGUAGUAUUAUCUCAACAUUGGCUUUAUAUUCAUUUAGAGUCAACAUAAAAUUUAAAUUUUCAAUAAUUCAGUGAGUAUUUUCUUUUUUUUUCAAUUCAGAAGGCUUCAUGCUCUCCAUACUAACAUAUUAUCAGUGAAAAGGAUCAACAGCUAACUUGGGCCAAGUGAGAAAGUUUGUAUUUGUCAUUACAGAGAUUACUGUAGAUAAAUGGAUAUACAAUUACAAUGCAAAGUCUCCAUUCAUUGGGAUUUAUAUAUUCCAUUCACUUGAAAUAAUAAAACAAUAAUGUAUCCAAGAAUAUGUGCCCUACCCUGGCUCCUAUGGAAAAAUAAAUUGUCUGGUUGAAAUGUAAAAGUAAAGCAUGACAGUGAAGUCAUGUAUGCAUGAAUUCAUCUUUUUAAGUUAGACUCAAAUUCCACACUGGUAAAAAAUAAGCAUUAACUAAAAUUCAGGUAAUUUCAUUAAGAAUAGAGUUUUAAUACAGUUCUUUGGCAGCCUGAGUAAAGCAUCUAAAGAUAGUUUCACAAACAUCCUGAAGUCUAUAAAGAGCACAUUCCUGUCUUUUAAUUUAGGACAUGAUCUUAGCAGUAUAUAAAUUUGUCUUUCCACCUAUGAUUAAUAUGCCCAAAGUUAAAAUAUUUCUUAAAACAAUAUAAUUAUAGCACUUUAUUAAGAAAACAGGAUAUAAUAUUACUUAACAGAAACUCUUGCCAUUAUUCUGUAUUUUUUGUUUGAUUUUUGUGUUAACUGAGUUCAUUUCUACUUAUCCUUCGAAGAACAAAUAUUGCUCAACAGUUAUUAUAGCACAUGAGUUGUUGUGUCACUACAUAGAAUUUCUUAGCAUGAGCUGUUUCACUGAGAGCCGUGGGGAGAACACCUAUAUUUUCUCAGCUUGUGGAGCUGUGGGGCGGGGAAUUAGGUUGAAAUGCUCCACAUUUACAUUUUGGAAUCAAGCUUGUAAAGUACAGUGUUGUGGUUUUGGA